UUCUUCCAUACAAAUUUGUGGUCUGUGUUGUGUAGUCGCAAUGGACGAGAAAAUAUAUCGUGUUUCAAAUUUUCGUGCUAUAAAAUGAAUAAAAUGUCCGAAGACAGUUAUGAAGACCUUGUUAUGUUCAGUAAAUAAUAUAUGUGUUUUCUAAUUUGUUAAUAAUGAGGUUUCAUAGACGUUGUGGGGAUAGAGUUAGUCUUUUACACGACAAUACAACUGCCGUAAGAAAUUUUGUUGAAUUUAAUCACGGGUUAAUUCUUAGUGCAGAUCCACUCACUGAUGAUGUUAUAUUUGAAGUUUGCAUAGAUAGAAAGGUAAAUAUCUGGAAUGGGAGCCUUGAAAUCGGAGUCACCACCCUGGACCCUGAGUAUAUGGAGUUGCCUGCCACGGCAACUAAGCUUCGCAAUACGGCCUGGAUUAUGUCCGGAAGUUCUGUGGUAAAGGAUGGAGUUACACUGAUACACUCAUAUGGUCCUAAGUUGGAUAGUCUUCACGAAGGCGAUUGCUUAGGUGUUAUGAGAACUAGUAAGGAUGAAUUAAUGUUCUAUGUAAAUGGAAGAUGUCUGGGUAUAGCGGCGACUGAGAUGCCCCCACGACUCUUUGCAGUUAUCGAUUUGUAUGGCCAGUGCGUACAAGUUUCAAUAAUGCAUACAAACUGCAUGCGAACUAUCAUGGAGAAUAGUUUGGAUCAGAUUGAAGAAGAUCCCAACAAUGACGAUUCAAUAAUGAGUGAAUCGGAAGUGAUGGCUGAGACUUUACAAGAUAAGCCGUGUUCGGAUGUCUUCGUACCAAUGACUACGGAGGGCGCAUGUGCUUUAGUGGCCAGAGACCGACUUCGGUUUCAUCCCAGAUGUGGUAUCUUGGUCAAACUGUCGAAUAAUAACAAGUCUGCCGAGCGCUCCCGUCCCUUAGACGACUAUAAUAACGGCGUCGUAAUGACUCACAGACCGCUCUAUGACAACGAGCUCUUUGAGAUUCGAAUAGACCGCCUCGUGGACAAGUGGAGCGGCAGUAUAGAGGUCGGCGUUACAACCCACAACCCAUCGACCAUUCGGUUUCCGUCGACCAUGACAAACAUGGAUUGUGGAACCAUCAUGAUGUCUGGUUGUAAGGUUCUGAUCAACGGACAAGGCACUUGUGUCGAAUAUGGCAAUUUUAAUUUGGAUGAACUUCGGGAAGGAGACACUAUUGGUAUGAUGCGCAAUUCUGCUGGUAAAUUGCAUUACUUCAUAAACAGCAUCGAUCAGGGAGUUGCGGCAGACAAGGUGGACCAACAAGUUUGGGGAGUCAUCGACCUCUAUGGAAUGACUGUCAAGGUAUCGAUAGUUGAUGCGUGUGAGGAUCUUUGUGAGAUGGACACAAAUGUCAUGAACCAGCCAAACGUCUCCAACGUCCCUAACCUACCGUCGCCUGUACCUGCGAACACCAGCAGAUACAGGCCUCAAAUAGACGAAGACAGUCUUUUAUUUCAUUCGCUGCGUGAUUCGUAUGUUAUUAUUAUUAACGAUGGUAAGACUGCUCAUCGGCCUAACGCUUUCGAAUUCUUCAACAAUGGUAUAGUGAUGACGAAUCGAACGUUAAAGACCAAUGAGCUGUUUCAAGUUAGACUCGACCUGGUCAUACCCAAGUGGGCCGGCAGUAUCGAGAUAGGGGUCACGCAGUAUUCCUCCAAUGAUAUAAAGACACCGUUCAAAAUGAGUCACGCUAAAUCAGGCACUUGGGUCAUGGCCGGCGAAGACAUUAUACGCAAUGGAAGCGUUAUAAUACCGAAAUAUAUUAGAAAUCUCAAUGGAUUAUGUGAGGGAGACACUGUGGGUGUGAUGCGAAAGGACAUGGGCAUUCUACAUUUCUUUGUGAAUGGCAUCGAUCAAGGUCCGGCCGCUUUUAAUAUACCAGGACAAGUUUUUGGUGUUAUUGACUUAUAUGGAAGAGUGGCGCAAGCGACGAUAGUAGACACCUAUUCACCGCCAACAACGUUUUCACCGGAGUCCCCAAACUCCUUCGAAUCAAAUACUACAGUAUAUCCGGAAAUGUGCUUCCACCGCGUACACGGGCGUAAUGCGCGCUUGAGUCGUACGCGAUUGACUGCGUCACGUACGGCGGUCUACUCGGAGUUCAACGAUGCAGUGCUCUUUAGUUCUAGGCCUUUGCGAGAGUGCGAUAUGUUCGAACUAAGGAUAGAUUCUAUGGUUGACUGCUGGAUUGGGAGCUUGGAGAUUGGUGUGACAGCAAUUCGUCCAGAUGACCUGGAUGAUUGCGUCCUAGCGGGAACUGCGACGGACCUGAACUACGACACGUACAUUUUGAGCGGCUCGGCAAUGAUGAAGGAUGGAGAGUGUGUGAGAAGUGGAUACUCCUUGGACCUGGAUACAUUGACUGUUGGAAGUCGAGUUGGUGUUAUGUGGCAUGCGGAUAGAAGCCUCCACUAUUACUUAGAUGGAAUGGAUAUGGGGAAGGCGUGGUUUGUUCCUCAUCUUAACAUCUACGCUGUUGUCGACCUCUAUGGACAAUGCACUCAGGUGACAAUACUACAGAACGAAGAAAGAACUUUUAACUACAACGGCUGUCCACUCGCCGACAAUCCGUUUUUCGGUCUACCACGGUUAUUGGCCACACCGCCACCGCCAUAUUGGAGUUUUUCCGAGUACUAUGGAGACAACGUCCGGUUAACUCACGAGUAUUCGGUCGCUAAGAGGUUGACUCCCGAUCCUACGGGAGCACUAGUUUUCAGCUCCGAUCACUUGGCUGUGGGGGAAAUGUUUGAGAUAAAAAUCACGGAAUGCCAAGACAGUUUUGCUGGAGGUUUUCGUAUGGGUGUGACCGAUAUAAAUAUUUUGAACGCACAUGUCAAUAGAAGCCUGCCCCCAUCUAUUAUAUACUUGCCACAUUACACCGCUUAUGUUGAUGGGAGAUACAUGAAAUAUUCGAAGCCUGGUACCCGGGAGCAAGACUGGUGCACUGUCUCACCGUCAUUCGAGUGGCUGAGACCUGGAGACCGUGUCGGUCUGAAGAAGACUACCGACGGACGUGUCUUGGUGUAUUACAACUGCGAGUGUAUUGAUACGGCAUUUGAACGGGUUCCUGAUAAAGUGUACGUGGUGAUGGAGCUGUAUGGAUGCGUUUACAAGAUUCAAGCAAUAAAACGGGACAAUGUUGUCGCCUUGCCGCAGACAAUACCAAACGACUCGUUGUACAUAAAACCCACUACGGAGGUGGAAGUGGACCUGAACAUGGAGAGUUGUACGAGUGAAACGGAAGGCACCUUGUCUACGGUAACUGUGAUGCCAUUGGAGAGACGUCGUCGCUCACCUUUACCGUACACCUUUCACUAUGUUCACGGAAAGAAUAUCAAACUGUGUAGCUCCGAUACAGUUGCCGUGCGUACGGCGGGCUACAACGAUGCGAUUGCUAUCGUAAGCCAGCCUCUCCGAAGGGGCCACAGUUUUAGGUUCCGGAUCGACAAGGUGGAUCAAGACUGGGAAGGCAGUGUUGCGAUAGGGGCCAUGGCGACGCUGCCUACGGACAGUCUCCCGUCAGUUGCGACCCGGCUCGACCCUGCUGCCUGGGUUCUCACUAGCGACCACUUAUACGAUGGCACUUAUUACUUACGCGCUCCGAUGGCUAUUGAGCUUGAGGAAGUGAAUGAGCAGUCGGUUCUGACUCUCCACUUUAGGUUCAACAGUGACCUGGUGGUGGAGUUAGAUGGAAGAGUUUUAGCCAUCGUCGGAUCUGUCUCGAGACUCAACAGCCAUGUGUACCCCUUGGUGGAUCUAUACGGAAAAGUUUGUCAGGUCUCGGUUUUGCUGCAUCCGUAUUCUAUUAUAAGUGGAACGUCACUAGAUUUGCCGAUAAUCGCUGAAAACAGACGCGAAGAAUCUCUAGCGGAGCUUGAACAAGAACUGGAGAAUACAAGUGAAAAUAGAUUGCAACGCAGAAACCGGGCAUUCAGUGAAAACAAUCUGAUAGAUGAUUUCGAGAUAGCGGGUCCCAGCACAGACGUCAGAAACACCUUAUUCAAUGACGUCAGAAUCGCGCAAAACAAAGUGAUGCAUCAGAGUUUGAUACUAACCUCGGACAGGGGGCACAGGGUCGUGCAAAAGAGUCACUCCACUCACAAUUUCAGUACCGAGGAAUUUGACGCACGACCGAGGGACGACUGCGAUACCAACAUUCAGCAUAACGACCGCUACCCUGAAGCCGACGUGGAUAAUCUGGAUAACGAAAUCAUGGACGCGCUCACCUUGGAGACGGGGAAUCUUCCAGAUUUAACCGAGGAACAAUCUUCGUCGAUGGAUGACUCUACUCGAAGGGAUGACGGUGAACCGUUGUCGGUGGAAAAUUUAAAUUACUUGAACAGAAUUUUGGGCUUGGAUCAAGAGAGCGAAGGUAGUCUAGAAGCGGAGUGGGAAGCCUCGGGCGAAGGCUGUGAGCAUCUGCAUUUGGUGCUGAAGUAUUGGAAUUUUUUGGUGCUGCCUUACCCGGAGUUAAGGAAAGCGGUUUCUUGGGGACAAGUCAAGUGCUACUGCAGCAAUUGUGUACCGGAUGCUGAGCCGUUGUUCGCUGGUUGGGUUCGCAUUGAGCGUAUCGACGGUAUCGGUGCGGCGACACGUGGCUUCUGGCACAUCGUCCGUUCGACACUCGGCGCAGCACAAGCAGUUGAACGAGCAGUUGCUAAGCGACCGGCCAAGAUGUCUUCCACCCUUUUAACUACGCCGAGCGAUGUAUGGAUGGAUGAAGAAGGGAAGCCACAUUAUACAGUUUUAGCCAUAGAAAUCGAUAUAGAGGGCAACGAAGCCGAUAAAGACAGGCUGCUAGCCUUUCUCAUUUACAUGAAGCCUCACAUUGUUUUCGUCGAUGAUAAUCCACUGAGCCUAGACGAAUGACCAACAAUGACCGCCGUAACUCGUGCCUCGCAACGUGGUUAAAACAGAAGAUGGACCGAAUCUUUUGGUAUAUGAAUUAAAUUGAAACAAACUUAGCGAUAAUUAAUUAUCUAUGUUCAAUUCGGUGUCAACUUUCAAACCUUUGCACGUAGUGCUUUGACAGUGAUAGUUAGCAACACAACUGUCACAAGCGUUUUUGUCUCUGUCAUUUUAACAUAUAAAUGAGGCUAAAUUUGUUUUUUUUCAAAUACCAAAAGAUUACACUUUAUUAAAAGCGUUAAGUGCUUAACCCACUUAAAACAUAUUUUAUUUUAUUAAAAAAAUGUAUUUUACGUAUAUUUUUAAAUGUUUAUUACACGUUUUUGUAAAGAUCCGAGGCCUGCGGUUAAUGGGAUUUUUGAUUAGACGAUGCUAGUGAAAAUGUCUAAAUGUUUUGUCAAUCAAUUACAUUAAAGUAUACAACAAAUUACUUGAAUUGACAUAAAUAUUAAGACAUUUAUAGGUUUUAACUUUGAGUCAAAGUUAAGUCGCCUUUAAAUUGUUCGAAUCUGAAUGUACUAGAUUUUACCCUGUAUUUGUCUGUCAUUUUAACACACAUUAUAUCGAAAGCACUAAUAUUUUGUCAUAUUGAUAUGAGGACCAGCCUCAUUUUAUAUUAGGAUAAUGUAACGAAGGUAUCUAUCAAAAGUACAUACUUAGUAAUUAAUAUUAACUUAAACAAUUUAAUGUCCGUUUCACGAAAGUUUCACUUUGUGACUAAAUUGUACACAUUUGGUACAGACAUACUUCUAAUCACGUGUAAAAUCUUUUGUGGCCCCAAAUGGUUCCUUUCGUUAAUGUUAUAAGGGAAUAUCAGUCGUUGGCAACACCAACUCAGUUUGGUAUAGCGAUGUGUGGUUUGUUAGUGCUUCCGAUUUUAGUUCCAAAUACAGCAACGGAGCCUUGUCUACGUUUAUAUUAAUAUUCUUGUAUAUUAUUGUCUUCGUUUUAUUAGUGCUAAGGGUGCUGUUCUGUUGGUAAAUUUAGAGCUAAAACACUCAUACACACUCGUAUAUGCCACAUAAUAAUAAUCCCUUUUUAUUUAUCCUUUAGCACUUUCGCGAAACGGAGAAUCAUCAUUUUAAAAAAUCUUAAUGUUCAUAGAAAAAUGUAAGCAAUAGGUGUUUUAAAGAAAUAUCUAUAUCUGUUGAAAAUAUUAGCCAAUAGUCGGGUCUUUGACCAAAUGUCAUAUCAAAUAAUCUGAUGCAAGAUAAAUAGCGAAGUUAUGCAUUUAUUUCUUGGCAAUUGAAGCCAGUUCAAUUAUAAUGUAUGUCUGCUUCGUCUUAUAUUUUGCAUUACUGAAAUCUAUUUCGCUUGGCAAAUCACUCAAUUGCACUACGCCGUUGGCGUGUUUUCGCUCGUGAUGCAGAUUUUAAUGUAAAUGCGCCAUUCUGCUAUAGAUAUGUACUACCCUCUGCAGUAUUCCGUUCGAUCUCAGUCUAAAGUAUUAAACGAAUCUUGUCCAAGCAGCCGCACUAAAGGGAAAAUUACCAAGUGUACUUAGACUUUGCUAACACCGACCAAAUUUAAGAAUUCGUGCUCAUAGUCCUCUGAGCUAACAUGGUUGUAACCCGAGUCUUAAUGCACUUUAUAAAUGUCAGUCUUAGAGUCGUCCAUUAAGUUAUUUAUAAUGGUAGUAGUCUUUAAGUCAACGACUGAUUAUAAGAAGCACUAAGCUGUAAAAGACCUAUACUAAAUGGCUUAUGUCAGUUAACCCUUAAUGAGUGACUCUACGGCUGCAAUAAAGCAAUGUUCAUUUAUUUUAGGAAGUAUAAUUGUACAGGUUUCAUUAUUUUCCGUCAAGGAACAAAUUAAUUAGUGUUAAAAACAAUUAAAGCAAUGUAGAUCUUUCAUAAUUUAUUGUAAUGUUUUAAGUACGACUGAAAUUAAAUUAUUUAAAAGAUUGUGUUCUUAAUUUAUGAGUAUAUAUAAAUAAAUAAAUCAUUGUUCUUCUCGUAUAAUAUAACGCCGUUGACUAGAGAGAGUAUUUCUCAGCUUUUGCAUUUUUUCGGCUGAGUCUUCCGUAUUUGUAUUAUUGUGUCAAUAUAGCUUUUCUUUUGAAUAAGAAAGAUGCUGUGAUAUUUAUAUUUUGCAAGUUUAUAUGUAUGCUAUUCUUAAUAUUUUAACAAUUAAGAGGAGUAACUGUUGAGUUUCUUGUCGGUUCUUCUCAGCAGACGCUACAUUCCGAACCGGCAGCAACUACAAAAAUAUAUA